UAAAUUGGUAUUUAUUUUAAGAUUUAGACACACUAAUUAAAUGUGCCAGAAACUGGAACACAGAUGACACCUAUUGCCUUAUCCCGGUCCUGACCCGACAAACAAUACUGUAGAUGCAUUCCACAGGCAUUCAUUCACACUCGCACUUUGCUGAAUCACAAAACAGGUCUUAAUUCGGGCCUCCUACUCCGCCAUAGAAGGUAAAUAAAAGUUGCAGUUUCUUCCUUAGCAUCACAUAUAUCCUUUGUGCAAUACCACAGAACUACGCAUCAUUCGGUGGAAAGGCGUUGUUUAACCGAUACAAGUCUUAAGUUGUUUACAGUAGGAGACCAGUGAGGGCAUGUGGAAAACAUCACACCGGCUCAACAGCCCUCAAAACCGCCCUAGCCUCAGUUCUGACCUCUGUAAACGUUAUUUUGAUUUCAAUCUGCUAAAAGAAUCAACUUAUACGAAUAAAACGACGUUUCGGGUACUAUAACACUGCGAAGGCGUAGUGCCAAUAUCCUCCAAAUACUAUAUUUGUCUACUGUAUAUUAAUAACCAGAAAAACGCCUUAAGCCGGCACAGUACAGCUGGGUCUCACAAAACAUACGUAAAGGAAGUGAGAUCAGAGACGUGGGAACCUACUGGAGAACCGUUGCUGAAUUUAACUGCUGACAUUCCAGAUAGACUGACAGUUUAAUCAAAUGUUACAAGAUAGUAUUAGUAAGGCAAACGGGUUUGGUAUAAACAAAUCGAACUCCAGUAAAAGGGAAACUACGAACUGAAAGAGAAAACUGUGCCCUUAGCCAGGGGACAAAGGAAUUAAACACAGCGGUCUUUGAUAGUCCGCUUUCUACCCAGACUAUGGAUAUAGUUACGGAGAGGGCCCAGACUUUAGGAUUUGUGCCACAGAAAGAGAUUGUAUAUAAUAAAUUGCUACCUUACGCAGAUAAGUUAGAUCAAGAAUCUAAUGAAUUCUUGGCCAGUAUCAAAGUCAACUUGGGCAGGGCUGUCCAGCUUAGGGAGUUAUGGCCCGGAGUUUUGUUCUGGACUAGAAAACUUUCUACGUACAUCAGGCUUUAUGGAAGAAAAUUUAGUAAAGAAGACCAUGUCCUUUUCAUCAAGAUGUUGUACGAGUUGGUAACAGUACCAAGACUGGAGAUUAGUAUGAUGCAAGGUUUUGCUCGCUUGUUGAUAAACUUACUAAAGAAGAAAGAGCUGCUUUCAAGAGCUGAUUUACAGUUACCAUGGAGACCCCUCUAUGACAUGGUGGAGAGCAUAUUGUACUCGAAAACAGAGCAUCUUGGAUUGAAUUGGUUUCCAAAUUCUGUAGAAAGCAUCCUGAAAACACUUGUGAAAUGCUGCAGAGUGUAUUUCCCAGAUGAUGCCACUGCAGAGAUGUUGGAAGAGUGGCGUCCUUUAAUGUGCCCCUUUGAUGUCACUAUGCAGAAGGCCAUCAGUUACUUGGAACUGUUUCUUCCUACCUCACUUCCCUGUGAACUUCAUCAUAAAGGUUUCAAGCUCUGGUUUGAAGAACUAAUGAAUCUUUGGAUUUCUGUACAAAGCCUUCCACAAUGGGAGGGGCACCUUGUAAGCCUGUUUGCUCGCCUAGCCAAUGAUAAUAUUGGCUACAUUGACUGGGACCCAUAUAUCCCUAAGAUAUUCACUAGACUUUUAAGAAGUUUGAAUCUUCCUGUAGGCAGCAGUCAAGUUGUUGUUCCAAAAUACUCCUCUAAUACCUAUGACAUGGGCCAGGCAGUUUUAUGGGUAACAUCCCUGUUGGGAGGACCAAGUAAGCUAGCACAGAAGCACUUGAGUGGAUUGUUCAACAGCAUUACAACAUUCUAUCACCCUUCAAAUCAUGGCAGAUGGCUACUAAAACUCAUGAAGUUGUUGCAAAGGUUACCUGCCAGUGUUGUUAAAAGACUUCAUCGUGAGAGAUACAAGAAGCCAACAUGGAUGACACCAGUACCAGACAGCUGUAAACUGACGGACCAAGAUGUUACAGAUUUUGUAGAAAGCAUUAAGCAGCCUGUUCUUUUGGGUAUGUUCAGUAGGACAGGCAGUUUGGAAGCAGCCCAGGCUUUGCAGAACCUUGCACUGAUGCGUCCAGAGCUAGUCAUUCCUCCUGUUCUUGAAAGAACAUAUCCUGCACUGGAGACGCUAACAGAACCUCAUCAACUUACAGCAACUUUGAGCUGUGUGAUUGGAGUAGCACGUAGUCUUGUUUCCCGGAACAAGUGGUUUCCUGAAGGGCCAACGCACAUGUUGCCUUUGUUGAUUAGAGCUCUACCUGGCGUGGAUCCUAAUGAUUUCAGCAAAUGUAUGAUAACCUUUCAGUUUAUUGCAACCUUUGCCACAUUAGUGCCUUUUGUGGACUGUUCUUCAGCUUUACAAGAAAGAGAUGACCUGUCAGAGGUGGAGAGGGAGCUGUGCUCCGCUUCAGCAGAAUUUGAAGAUUUUGUGCUUCAGUUCAUGGACAGAUGCUUUGCCCUCAUUGAAAGCAGUACACUUGAACAAACAAGAGAAGAAACUGAAACAGAAAAGAUGACUCACUUAGAAAGUCUUGUAGAACUUGGCCUUUCUUCCACAUUCAGUACAAUACUUACACAGUGUUCCAAAGAAAUAUUUAAGGCUGCCCUAGACAAGGUUUUUAAUUUUGCCAUUACCAACAUAUUUGAGACCAGAGUUUCUGGAAGGAUGGUAGCAGAUAUGUGCCGAGCUGCUGUCAAGUGCCACCCAGGAGAAGCAUUGAAGCUCUUUGUUCCACAUUGCUGCAGUGUUAUAGCUCAGCUUACAGUCAAUGAUGAUGUAUUAAAGGAAGAAGAGCUUGAUAAAGAGUUGCUUUGGAAACUUCAGUUGCUGUCAGAGAUUACUCGUGUUGAUGGAGAGAAGUUGGUGUUUUACAAAAAAGAAUUGGUUAACACAUUACAACGGACUCUACAUUUGACUUGCAAGCAAGGUUACACUCUAGCUUGUAACCUCCUGUAUCAUCUGCUUCGAUCCACAACGCUCACCUACCCUAAAGAAUACUGCAGUGUGCCAGAUGGCUUUAAUAAGCCUCUUUCUCAGUACUUCCCUAUUAAGGAUUGGGGAAAACCAGGAAAUUUGUGGAAUUUGAACAUCCAGUGGCAUGUACCUUCAUCUGAAGAAAUAGCUUUCGCUUAUCAGCUUUUGGACAGUUUUCUUCAACCUGAACUUAAUAGACUAGAGCGCUAUGCUAGUGGAGAACUUGAACUUUUAAGAGAUGAUGUACAGCAGUCUUUGUCAAUAGUACACAACUGUCUCCUUGGCUCUGGGAAUCUCUUACCUCCCCUUGAAGGAGUGAAAGUAACUGAUCUAGUUCCAACCUUGGUGCCUUUAAAAGAGACGAAGCUUUUCACUGGCAUUAAACCAGAUUAUUCCAAAGAUAAUUACAGAAAAUCAAUUGCGGAAGUAAUAAGAAAAGUUCUCCAUCACAUGCUUGACAAUUCAGAAGAUGACACCAAGUCCAUGUUCAUGAUAAUUAAGAUCAUUGGAGAUAUGCUUCACUUUCGAGGUUCUCACAAGCAAGAAUUUGACUCGAGGUGGAAAAGUUUCAGUCUGGUUAAAAGGUCCAUGGAGGAUAGGCUCCAUGGAAGGAAGCAACAUAUCAGGGCAUUACUGAUUGACAGAGUUAUGCUGCAACACGAGCUGAGAACAUUGACAGUUGAAGGAUGCGAGUACAAGACAGUUCAUCAAGAUUUAAUAAGAGACCUCUUCCAUCUCUCUACAAGUUCAUAUAGUCAGGUCCGGAGCAAAGCCCAGCAGACUUUCUUCACUGCCUUGGGUUCAUACAACUUUUGUUGUAGAGAUGUCAUUCCCUUGGUUUUGGAUUUCUUAAAAAGGAAGGAUAUUAGUCAACAGCAGUUUAAGGGUGCUUUAUAUUGCCUCUUGGGGAACACUGGCGGUGUUUGUUUAGCAAAUCUUCAUGACUGGGACUGUAUAGUACAGACAUGGCCAGCAAUUGUAUCCUGUGGUCUCAGCAAAACAAUGUCUCUAGAGAAACCAUCAAUAGUUCGACUUUUUGAUGACCUUGCAGAAAAGAUCCAUCGGCAGUAUGAAACUAUUGGAUUAGAUUUUAAGAUUCCAGAAAGGUGUGUAGAACAAGCUAUCUUACUGCAGCAGUCUAGAUAUCCACCUGCCAAUCUUCCCCCUCUUACAGCAGAAGAGCUUGAAAUGGGGCUUAAAAGACAACAAGAAAAAAAUGCAGAGGCCUUAAAGCACUAUGAAACCUUGAUCAACUUUCUCCUUGAUCUUCUGGAUCAGCGAAAUCUGCCUUGGAAGUUUGAACAUCUAGCAAUUGGAUUCCUUUCUCUACUUUUGAGGGAUGAUUUACAGUUGCCUAAUCGAGCCAUCACUUUCUUCAUCCAGUGUCUUGUCCAUGAUGCUCUUGUUGUUCGUAAGAUGGCAAUAUCCGCAGUUGCUGGCAUUCUUAAGCAGUUAAAGAGACCUCACAAAAAAGUGACGGUAGAUCCAUACAUUAUCAGUGGCUGUAGAAAGCCUACUAGUCUCACCAUAGGAGACAGGCCUGAUAAUCAGUGGCUACAGUAUGACAGCAGCUGUUUACCAAAGACCAAAGAAGCCUGGGAGAACUGUCCCUUUGUUGAAAAAACACACUGGGGAUACUACACAUGGCCUCGGAAACUACUUGUUUAUGCUCCUGUUGUGGAUCAACCAAAACUUGGCAGGACCAGGGAUGAGAUGUCUGAGGCUGAAAGAAUUAUUUUUGAUUUCUUUUCUGACCCAAAAUUUCUGGAGCUGUUGAUCAAAUUUCUUUCCUUAGAAGAUCGGAAAGGAAAGGACACAUUCAAUCCCCGCAGAUUCUGCCUUUUUAAGGGAUUGUUUAGAAAUUAUGAUGAAGCCUUCUUGCCAGCUUUAAUACCUCACAUGGAGAGAUUAGCAGCAGAUUCCCAUGAAAGUACACAACGCUGCUUGGCUGAAAUCAUCGCUGGCUUGAUAAGAGGUUGCAAGCACUGGACAUUUCAGAAGGUUGAGAAUCUCUGGAAUUUUCUUUGCCCAUUGUUGCGGACUGCUUUGUCAAGCAUCACAGUAGAAACAUACAGUGACUGGGGUACUUGUAUAGCUACUGCUUGUGAAAGCAGAGAUCCUCGAAAGCUUCACUGGCUCUUUGAAAUGCUUAUAGAGUCGCCAGUCAGUGGAGAAGGGGGAUCAUUUGUAGAUGCUUGCCGCUUAUAUGUAUUGCAGGGUGGACUUUCUCAGCAAGAGUGGCGGGUUGCUGAACUGUUGAACAGAUUACUGCAGUACUUGGAGCCCAAACUCACUCAGGUCUAUAAAAAUGUGAGAGAGAGGAUAGGAAGUGUUUUGACGUACGUAUUUAUGAUUGAUUUGUCAUUGCCGAAUACUCUUCCAUCCCGGUCCCCACGAACUUCUGAGUUUAUUUCUCGUGUUUUUGUUGGACUUAAGCCUUUGAUGGAGGCUGAUGAAGAAAUUCAGAACCAUGUAGUGGAAGACAAUGGCAUCUGCGAACAGGAUGAACGAACUCAGGCAAUCAAACUCUUAAAAACUGUAUUGAAGUGGUUGAUGUCAAGUGCAGGGAGAACAUUUUCCACUCCUGUUCCAGAGCAACUUCAGCUUCUGCCAGUGUUACUUAAGAUUGCCCCUGUUGAAAAUGAUGACAGUUAUGAUGAAUUGAAAAGAGAUGCCAAGAUGUGCCUUUCACUUAUGUCUCAGGGAGUAUUGUAUCCUCAGCAUGUACCACUGGUGGUUAAUGUUCUGAAACAAAGUGCUGGAAGUAGUUCGUGGCAUGCCAGAUACACAAUACUGACCUAUCUCCAGACCGUGGUAUUCUAUAAUCUGUUUAUUUUUCACAACAAUGAAGAGGCAGUUCAAGCCAUUAAGUGGCUGGUGUUGAAACUUCUAGAAGAUGAGCAGCUUGAGGUGAGAGAAAUGGCUGCUACCACUCUGAGUGGUCUACUUCAGUGUGGCUUCCUAGUUAUGGAUGGCCCCUUGCAGAAUCACUUUGAGCAGCUGUGCAAGACCAGACUUCCCAAGAAAAAGAAGAGAGGACCCGGUGCAGUAGUGGACACAAUCCCCCCAGCAGACUUGGUAAAGCGUCAUGCAGGUGUGCUAGGGUUGAGUGCCUGCGUUUUAUCCAGCCCAUAUGAUGUACCCACAUGGAUGCCACAACUUCUUAUGGACCUCAGUGCACACCUUAAUGACCCACAACCUAUUGAGAUGACUGUGAAGAAAACACUGUCUAACUUUCGUAGGACUCAUCAUGAUAACUGGCAGGAACACAAACAGCAGUUCACAGAUGAUCAGUUAAUUGUUCUCACAGACCUUCUGGUGUCACCCUGCUAUUACGCAUAAACAGGUGUUCCAUUGCUAAAAAUGAAUCCCGUUUCUGUCUUUUCCUGAGGGAACUGAGCUUCUUCAAGCAAGAAGAGAAAACUUCUCAGAGCCAGCAAUCCAGUAUGUUCUGCAGAGCUGUAUAAAGGCUGUAUGAAGCACACUGACUGCCUGUUACAGGGUGUUUUUAUUUAUGAAUUGUAGAGGCUUUGUUCAGUGUUUAUUUAUAAAGCAGAUUUUUCAUUCCUCAAACAAAACUUCUUUCAACAGAAUGGCAGAAAAAUGUACAUGUAUGUACAUGUGUUCAGUGCAAUGAUACAUUUAAUUUACACAUACAGUAAUUUUACUUAAUAUUUAAGACUAAUUAUAACAUUGCACAAAUAAAAUAUUUCUGAGUUUGUAAAAUUCCUGUACAGUUUUGCUUGGGACAAAACAUUAAAUACUUAAUUGCUUUGUGGCAACUUCA